AUGGACGAUCCAUACUGGAAGGCUUUCCACAGCGCUCUUGCAGAAGAGCACUGUCCGUACCAAAAAGAGAUCUUCACAGGAGGAACAGACUCACGCUUUGUAAGAAAGUUAGGUUAUCGUGCGAUCGGUUUUUCACCAAUGAAUAACACAAAAGUGCUGCUUCAUGAUCACAAUGAGUGCAUUCACGAGAAGGUGUUCCUGAGAGGCGUCGAAAUCUAUGCAAGGAUCAUAGACAAGCUGGGAAAUGUACCAUGA